CUUACCAUGCAAGGAAUGCAUCUAAGUCUGUGUCUGGCUCUGCUGCUGCCAUGGUGCAACCAGUGCCAGAGAACGGACUCUGCCAGUGCCAAGCUGGGAAACGAAGACACGGGAAACCUGUUGGCUGUCAAACUCGUAAACCGCAGUGGCAUCCUGGGCCCUCUGCUCCCCCCAGAGUUCCAUCCAACACCCCGGCAGACCAGAGCCCCACGUCCGGCCUCCCAGGUCUCCAAGAGAGCCCAGCAAGGGUCCCGCUUCACCCUGUCCCUGGAUGUCCCCACCAGCAUCCUCAGUGUCCUCAUAGACCUUGCCAAGAACCACGACAUGAGAGCCAAGGCUGCUGCCAAUGCAGAGCUGAUGGCACGCAUUGGGAAAAGGAAAUAAGGGAUGGGGUCGUAUGGGCAAAGGCUAAGGGGGGCAAUUCUCAACUCACCAGGGUGGGUUUUCAAAAUCAGGUUAAGGGAUGGAUAGGUUAUGGGAAGGAAGGGUUGUUUUUAGAGGAAAAGACACAUCUUGAAGUCUUUAAUUAGUUUAGCCCUUUAUCUGUUUUAUAUUUCUAUUGCAUAAUUCUUACCUGAUUUUAUGCCAUAAAGAUCCACUGUCUGCCUGUACAGAAACGUUCUAUAAAAAGAAUGAUAGAACAAAUUGUGCUAAUUAAAUGUCACAUCAAAUAUAAGAUGAAGCUGGUCUUUUGUCUCCGCUACAGUGGG